GCUCACGGCGGCCCGUGCUCUCCCCGCAGGCUGCUGGAGCGGUUCCUGCUCGAUGGCUUCCGCCCCCAGCAGGUGUCCACCUUCGCCCUGACGCUGUACCAGCACCGCGCCCGCGUGGGCGAGCAGGAGGUCCGCGUGGACUUCUGGGACACGGCGGGCCAGGAGCGGUUCCGGAGCAUGCACGCCUCCUACUACCACCAGGCCCACGCCUGCAUCAUGGUGUUUGAUGUGCAGCGGAAGGUCACCUACAAGAACCUGAACAGCUGGUACAAGGAGCUGAGGGAAUUCCGCCCAGAGAUUCCAUGCAUUGUAGUGGCCAACAAGAUUGAUGCGGAUAUGAAGGUCACCCAGAAAAGCUUCAAUUUUGCCCGGAAGUUCAGUUUGCCCUUUUACUUUGUGUCUGCUGCUGAUGGCACCAACGUGGUGAAGCUCUUCAACGAUGCCAUCAGACUGGCCGUGGCUUACAAACAGCACUCGGGAGACUUCAUGGACGAGGUCCUGCGGGAGCUGCAGAGCUUUGAGCUGCAGAACACAAGCGAGGAUUUGUCGGAUAAAGGGAAGAGCUGCACUGAAGAGGAGCCCUCGUCUGCCUAGGCCUGGACUCGUAGCCUGGUUUUACCUUGGCUCUGGACUUCUGGGGCCUGCACAGAGGAGGGUGACGUUUCUCAUGCCCCAGAGCUGUGGCAGUGGGCAGCUGGGCCUCUUCCCUUCUUGUGGGAGCCUGCCUGGGCAGGAUCUUCAUUGGCUCAGCCCUCGGCGCUGCACCUUUCGCUCAGGGCAGGGAUGGGAGAAUCCACAUGAUUCCACAUGGAUUGUCACUCAAUCCUACUGCUCCUUCAGGACAGAGCUGGCUAGGAGAAGUGAGCUCUCUUGGACCUGCAGGAAGGAUCCUGCCCAGAUGCUGUAGUGGUACCUGCUGCAGAAGGCAAACACUAAAGGAUAUUUUUUACAAAGCUAUGAGAUGGCAUCCUCUCCACACUGCUGCUGAAAGGAGGCAGGUUCCAGGUGGUAUAAGGCCACCGGUGAGCCCAUCCUGCUGGCUGAGCUGGUGCUGCCUUGGUCCACCCAUGACAACUGCUGCGACAUCCCUGGGCUCCUGUCCUGUUCUGCCCCAGAACAGCCACAUCCCAUGGGCUGCUGAGAACGAGUUUCUCUUUCCAGGUCCGUAUAGCUGGCACAGGUGGGCUCACACCUAUGGGCUGGCUCUGUCCCAGCUUGUGGGAUGUGGCCAUGGCUCUUGUCGGUGUGUGCACAAGAUGCUGCAUUCCAGAGAGCUCAGUACACACAUAGAGUGUCACGGAAUCAUGGAAUGGUUUGGUUUGAAAGGGAUCUUAAAGGUCAUCUCAUUCCACACCCUGCCAUAGGCAGG